UUGACUGUGUGCAGAUUACUAUCAGUCAUGGUGUGUCAGCUGGAGAGCCCUUGGUGUAGCUGCUGCUCACAGGCAGAGGCGGAUCAAUGGAAGUGCGCUGAGUAACGAGGUGAUGUUCCUGUUUUCACAUGGUCCGAGAGCAAUCAGCAGGCAGCACAUCUCCGCUGACUCCACACGCUACUCUGCUUCUACACUGCAAUAACAGUCUUCCUCUCUGGACUAUUAGUGCAGUGAUAUAUAGUGUUAUUUUAAAAUUAGACACACUAGCUAGACAUUCUUUCCUGUGCACACCAGAGCUGUCACAGCACCUUAAACAUCGUUCUUUUCUCCAGGUUUGGAGAGGACAGAGUGCUGCAUUGACAUUCUGGACAAUUUUUCUUUUGAAGGCUGGGGACAGAGAGUGAGAGCCAGCAGGUGCCCUCGCCAUGGUGUUGCCACCCCCAGACAAACGCCACGUGUGCCUGACCACCAUCGUCAUUAUGACCAGCAUGGCCUUCAUGGACGCCUACCUGGUGGAGCAGAACCAGGGUCCCAGAAAGAUCGGUGUGUGUAUUAUAGUGCUGGUAGGGGAUGUGUGCUUCCUCAUAGUGCUGCGGUAUGUGGCAGUGUGGGUCGGCGCCGAGGUGCGCACAGCCAGGCGAGGAUACGCCAUGAUCCUCUGGUUUCUGUACAUCUUUGUCUUGGAGAUCAAGCUCUACUUUGUCUUCCAGAAUUGCAAGGCAGACAGGAAGAGCUUGGAGACGGUGGCCCGGAAGGCUUUGACAUUAUUAUUAUCUGUAUGCGUGCCAGGCCUGUACUUGGUUCUAGUGGCUCUGGAUAGUAUGGAAUAUGUGAGAACUUUCCGGAAGAAGGAGGACAUGAGGAGUCGGCUAUUCUGGGUGGCUCUGGACCUGCUGGACCUGCUGGAUAUCCAAGCUAACCUUUGGGAGCCCCAGCGGACAGGCCUGCCCAUCUGGGCAGAGGGUCUGAUGUUCUUCUACUGCUACAUCCUGCUGCUCAUCCUGCCCUGUGUAUCGCUCAGUGAAAUCAGCAUGCAGGGGGAGCACAUGUCACCCCAGAAGAUGAUGCUGUACCCAGUUCUGAGCCUCGUUACCAUAAACGUGGUCACCAUCCUCAUACGAGGAGUCAACAUGGUGCUGUUUCAGGACAGCCGCGUUUCCACGAUCUUUGUCGGCAAGAACGUGGUGGCCAUCGCCACCAAGGCAUCCACUUUUCUGGAGUACCGCAGACAGGUGAAGGAGUUCCCCCACCCGCAGAACGCCAUGGCACUAGAGCUGCAGCAGAACUCCGUCAGUCACACGCAGCCGCUGCCCAACGCCACCAGUUUGCCGCACGAACCUUCACCGGCACAGGACGUCAUUGACACAUGACCGCCAGCGCUGGACUGAGCACAGGACCAUAACAAACUGACUGCUUUUUAUGAAAGCUCCAGGAGUGGAGGUAGAUAGAGAAAUCAGCUGCAUGACAGGCUGAUAUUCUGCUCUUGUCAAGCCCACAUGAACUGCUGUGAAACCAUAAAAGAGAUUUUCAGCAUCACCUGCCCGUCAGAAAAUACUGUAAACCUACACUUGACUCUGAGUGCAGCGUGCACACUUUAGCAAUCAAGGUUUUUAUCGUGCUAUUGUGUUUUUAAUUGUUUUAAAAGUUGAAACUUUUAUUAAGAGACAAUCUCCACACUGCACAGCCUGGUGACAUUAUGUUGUGUAAAGUGGACAGUCCCCGCCCCCCCCCAACUUGGUGAGUAUCUUGUAUUUUUUAAAGGUCACUUUUUCGACAGUGUGGCAUUUCCUUUGCAUUCCAACACCAAAGGACAAACCACUCGGUGUGAAGCACUGGCAGAGAGGAGGAGCACAGGGUGACAUGGGUCAGUCAUGGGGGGCUAACUGUGCUGUGAAAGAGAGAGGCUGGUGGGACACGAAUGCUUUUCCUUCUGUGUUUGGUUCUGCUGAGAAAGGAGCUCUGUGAAAGCUGCUGCCUCCGUCAGCACCGGAGCUCAGCACUACACCACCCACUGCAGGCAUCCAAGCGCGUGUUUUACUCUGUCAGUGUGUGUGUGUCUAUGAGCACGAACCCUAGUCUAUAGAGUGUAUGCCUGCAAGAAUAUGUGUUCACUACAGGAGGUUUUGGUGGUAUUUGAAAUUGUUUUCAGAUACAAGUGACUGAUGUGUGUGAUGAAUUGCAAAUGAGAGAAAAUAUGUAGAGAUGUCAGGGGGAGGGAAAAAAAAAACAAACAAACAAUAUGACGGGGGUGAGAUACCUUUUUGUUUCCUGUAAUGUACAUUCCUCCAAAACUAGCUCAAGCCUUGAAGUCAGAGAAUGCAGAUAUCAGAGUCGAGAGAACACAACAUCGCUGAAGAAUUGACAAAAGAUAAAACAUAAAAACCAUAACAUACAAACAGAAAAUAUUUCUUCUGUUGCUAUUCAGUUCACUAUUAUUAUUAUCAUUAUUAUUAUUAUUAUGUACAUUCUUUACUUGU